AGCCUGCCCGCGGGGAUCCCCGCCCCUGCCCGGCCGUGGAGGUGCACGCAGGGGUCCCCGAGCAGGACCCUCCCUCGGGUGACACUGCUGUCCAUCCGCGGGGCACGGCAGGGGUGCCUGUCACCGCGGCUCUCAACGCUCAGGAUGGCAAGGAAAAACCCAGCCCUCCUCAGCUUUCCAGAGCGGAGGUGCAGCUGCAGCCCCAUGCAAAAAGAGGCGGCAGGAGCCACAUGUGAGCAAACACCCCAUGGACUUGGUGGUUUUGAGGGUGCAGUGCUUGGGGAUACAGACAGGACCCCGUGUUCUGCUGCUCAAGGAUGCCCAGGUCCCUGCUGAGCAUUGAGAGGUCAAGACAGAGAAAGCAGCCUCAACGCAUCUGUCCAACCCAGUCCCAGCCACAUGUCUGAGCCAGCAGCCAUCCUCACCACUCGCUGCCCCAAAACCAGGGGUGCAGAGUUCCCUCGUACUGCAAAUGCCUGGGUGGGAGCCUGCCUGGGGCUCCCCCUUGUCCCCCACCCCCGUUGCUGGCAGCAUUGCCAUCCCCCAGGGCUGUGGCCCAGGUGGUGCCUCCGGGGACUCCACCAGGAAGUGACACUUUCCAUUUUGCAUCACACUCUGCUGCCAAAGGGGGCUGGGAGAGGGUUGCCACGUCCCCUGUGGAGCACAGAGCGAGAGACCAAAGGAAGGAUGGAAGAGGAGGUCACAUACGCUGAUCUGCGCUUGCCACCCCCACCAGCUCCUCAGCAGCCGGUGCGUCUGCCCUGGUGCUGGGCAGCCCUCAGCCUGGGUGUCCUCUCCCUGCUGCUCCUGCUGGUACAAAUCAUCCUCGUCGGCCUGAGCUUCCACUAUUUAGGGCAACAGGCGAGAUGCACCCAUGGUUCCAGGAGCAUGGAGGAGAGUCCCAGCUAUGGACAAGAGACAGUGCGAAGGCAAUGCCAGUUCUGCCCAGCCGGCUGGCUUUGGGAUGCAGGGCAGUGCUACUACUUCUCCUCUUUCAAAAAGAGCUGGGAACAGAGCAGAGAGGACUGCUGCUCCAGAGGAGCACAGCUGGUCACCAUCAGAUCCGCUGCCACCCUGGCUUUCCUGGUGCGCACAGCUAAUGUGGACAACUUCUACGUGGGUUUGAGGUUGGACAGCUCCAGGUCUGGCUGGAAGUGGCUGGAUGGCACUCCACUGAGAGGGGCUGCACUGAGGUGUUGUCAGAAGGGGUCUGACCCUGCUGACCACACCCUGAUUGGAUGAGGAGCUGGGAGGGUCCCCCAAAAGGAGGGUCCACCAAAAAGGCUUUGCUUGGUGCAUCUGGUGUUGAGCCCAUCCAGGAGGGAUCUGAGGGUGCUGCAUGCAUGAUGGGGGUGAGGGCUGCAUGCUGAACCAGCAAGGGAAGGGUGAUGGGGGAUCAGAAUGUGUCUCCCAAUCGUUAGCAGGUUGGCUGGGGCAGUGCUUCAUGGGGAGGGUGAGCUUUGACCCCACAGCAUCUCUGUGCAGCCUCUGGUCCCUGCCUGGAGGAGUUGCUGAUGCCAGACCUUGCUGCCCAUCCCAUCUCAAACCGUUCUUUCC